UUCAUGUUAUGUUUUAUCUCAUGUAUAACGCUAUCAUCGGCUUAGAUUUCUGACAUACAGAUGAACGUUAUGAGUCGAGUUGACUGGGGACUGUUGCCCCUUGACAUCGUGGUGCACGUGUUUUCCUUCCUGCGCCCAACCGACCGGAACCGGGCCUCGCGGGUGUGCGAGGCGUGGCAUGAGGCGUUCCAGCAUCCCUCGCUUUGGCUGCACAUAGACUUUUGGUUCUUCCUGCCGAGCCAUGCAGACAGUUUAAAGGGCGUUGAAAAGUAUGGGAAAUAUUUCAAGUCUGUUUUCGUCGGGGUUAUUCAAAUGCUUGAUCAUAACCGGGAGAACGCAUGCGCCUUGUUGGAGCUACUAUCGAAAAUCGGAAAACGGAGGGUAACUGAUUUUGAGAUUGUGUUUACUGGGGAGAAUCCGCUGUUCUAUUCUGGCCAGGAGUUUUUGGACGCCUUAAGCAUUCUCUUUUCGCCGGUUGCAGACAACAUAGCACCCCCAUUAAAUUGUCUGCAACACGUUGAUUUUUGUGGAUUAUCUGUACCUAUAGAUGACAAGGUAUUAAAUCUCUUGGCUGACAACCAUCCCGGACUGGAGUUUUUGGACAUUCAAAACAAAGUAAUUGUCUGCAAGGUGACACCAGGGUGUAUUCUGAGGUUGGUGAAAAAGUGCCGUGGAAUCACGGACCUGAGACUCUACCACUGCAGUAUGUCAGACGAUGUUUUGGAAGCGUUAUGUCAAGAAGAUAGGGUAGCAAAAUUAAAUCAUUUGUCCAUAAUGUGCCGUCGUGAAGAAAAGUUCGGUUCAGAUCUUUCUACAGAUGCUUGGGAAAAACUAACAUUAAACGUCCCUCAAAUGAGGGUUACUCUAGGUUUCGAUCAUACAUGCCCAUUCAAUGUGAUACCCAUCAUUAUGAAGUCAGUUAUACCAGUGAGAACUCUCAAACUAGAAACAUUCGCGGAGUGCCACGAACAAGUGUCGCUGGCGGCCGCCUACUACAGCGAGACACUUACGAAGCUGGUACUGCGUACCCGGAACACGGCAGCCCUGGAGGAUGCGCUGCUGGCGGUGGCUCGGAGCUGUGCGCGGCUCAGAUCGCUCCUUGUGUUUUGCGUGGUGCGAGAGGAGACAAUCGAUGAGAUAUUCCAGCUGCAACCGGAAAUGCGCGCCCGAGGCUCCUACAUCCUCAAGUCGGUGGUUGAGCCGGAGCCCUGGGUAGUGGGUGUGGAGGAGGGCGAUUGAUGACAGCGGC